GAGGGGCAGCCAGACCUCAGCCUAAUGGACAACAACCUUUCAUCACAUCUUUCACAACCAAUUCUUCAUACCAUCAAAAGUAUUUACACCAAGUGUUUGGAAAUACUUGGAGUUCCAUCAAUAAGAGAACCACAGGUUUUUGCUUUGGUUCUCUUCUUUCCCUCGGAGUGUUUCCCAAUUCCCGUUUGUAACCUUAAUCUUACAACUCUUUGAAGAAGAUUAUCGUCGUAUAACGGCACACAAAACUACAUGACUACAAUUGCAAUCGCCAACAAAAUUAAGAGCACUACUCUUGAUAUCCCCCCUUUUCAGAACAGGAUAAUCUUCACGGUUCCUCGCACCUAAAAUUAAAGGACCUCGGGAUCGUUCCUUCCUGUGUUGCUAUACUAAUUGUGCUCGGCACCUCAGUUCAUUUAAACUUGUGUAUAUUCUCGCAUACAAUGGAUAUAAAUUCCCCAAAGCGUCGCAAGCUUAGCCAGAGAACUCCCGACCAGGCGCAGACGGCAAAAGGAAAAGGAAAAGAAGUCAUGACGGUGACAACAGGUCAAAAUGGCUGGCCACCCCAUAGACUCCCGGUGGAGAUCUUCAAUCUCAUCAUCAAGAAUCUCCCUCGAUCCACCAUCCAUAAAAUGCGAUUGGUAAAUCAUGAGUUUGAAGCAAACGUCUCCGAAUACCUCUUCAAAUAUGUAGUGGUUCCAUUUAGACCAGAGAUUUACGGCAUCGCUUCCGAGCCGUCCACUUCUCAUAGCUCGAUCUUGUUACAAGAUAAAGGCAUGCGCAUCUUUCAAGGUUUUGGUCGGCACAUCAGACACUUUGCUAUGUCCUUCGAAGUUGAUAUUGCAAAGUUGACUAAACCUCCCGUAAAGCAUAACCACGACACAAUCACAACUUUCUGGGGUUCUUACAAAUGGCCAUUCCAGGAAUAUAAUAGAUAUGCACAAUUAGAGGGUCUAGAACAGAAAGCUGACGAAACUCGAACGAUGACAAAAGCAUUUCAAUUCGUUGUAGCAGCAGAAGAACUUGGCCUAUCCAUCGAUGGAGGAUUGGGAUGGCUUGCUGGUCCAGACGUCAACCACAAGGUUAUUCAGCGUGGCGAGAAACCCGCGGUGUUUGGAUCAACAAGAUUCGAACCAGAAUCAGAACCUGCGCCAAAGCAGAACAUGCGACCGCAUCAGGUCACUCCACCUUUCCGAACAGAGCUUUUGAACGACACACGUUCACUACUUCAAAGAGUCUUUCAGGAAUCAGGAUACGGUGGCGAGCAAAUUAACCAAUAUCUCAGCCUCUCUCACCCCAACGGAGGCCCAGCGAGUGCACAUACACAAGAUGGAGUCCCUCAUGCGCCCUCCAUUCCUUAUACUGAUUUUGAAGAGGGCAUUGCUCGUAUACUCGGAAACCAUUUUGGAUCUGGCAAUCCUGCAGUUGUAGACGAAGAAGAAGAUGAUGAUGAUGAAAGAUUGAACGCCGAGGAUAGAGUUUCGACUGAUGGUGAAGACGAGAGUAAUGGUCAAAGUGAAGGCAACGUUUCCAGCAAUGUUCCUGAACGCUCUGGAUUUAACGCCGCCCUAGGUCGCAAGCCUAGGUUAACAUCAAAGGGCAUUCCUCUAAAGCCGAACGAUCUCACCUGCGCACAAAAAGAGAUGUUACUUGAACUUGAAUGGGCUCAGCGAGCAUUCAUGCAAACUUUUACUAUUGCCGUUAUCGAUAGUCCAGUCACAUUUGCCGGUGUUAAGAAACUUACCAUCGCCCGCUUGCCAAACAGACACUUGCCAAACCUCAUUCGCGACGAUUUUUGGAAUAGCCUACCAAAUUUGUUGGAGCUAUCUCUAGGCAUUAUUCCCGACUGGCGUGAACUUGUCAAACUCCCUACCAGUUGGGUUCAAGAUAUCAAGUUACGUCCAUCUAAGGCUGUCACUGGCGUCUUUCAGCUUCUCUCCAAACAAAUAUCUCGACGUCAGCAAAUCGAGUCUUUACAUUUUGAAUGGGUCGGCGGUGGAGAGUAUGCUCCUGGUCUCUUCUGCCGGAACCAGCAUAUACUUGCUGCUCCCAUAGUAUCAGAUUCAAUGAGCAUGGUUAGUAGAAAAGGGGAGAAGGAAGUUCUGUCGCUACCCUAUAUCAAGAAUCUGUCAUUGAAAAACUGCUGGUUAAGUCCUCAUUUAUUGACGCGCUUUGUCAAUGAUCUCAAACAAUGCAGCCUUGAAUCCUUAACACUUGAUUCGGUUUCAUUGACCGCCUUCAUUCGUCCUGGACAACACCCAAUGCCUCGAGCAAAUCACCAGCAGAAUGCUUUGGCACAAGCCAUGGCGGUAGAUAUGGCGGCAAAUAUGGGCUUCGCCAAUAACCAUCAUCUUGCUGCACAUGCCGCGUUGUUUCCGCCCAACAUGCCUGCAGUCCCACCAUUUCUAGCAGCAGCGCCCCCAGCCACGCAGUUGCCAGUGGUCACAACCAAUUCAAAUUCCCAACCAGAGUGGCUCAAUGAACCUCGCAAUGGUUCCUGGGCUCAGGUUAUUGACAAUUUGUCUCCUGGUAUUAGGCUGGCAGAUUUGCGCCAUUCCAACGAAUCUAGUGCAGAGCCCCAACCCAAAACUCAAAGUAGUUUGAAACAACUCGUUUUCAAGUCAUGUGGAUAUGCCCGACUUCCUCUUGAAUUCAAUCAGUCAGCAAUUCAUGAAGGUGGUGGUGAGCAGCGGGGAUCCGUACCUGCUGGAGUAACAAAGAGGAUCAAUGACUAUGAGAGCAUCAUGAUGAAGCCGGGUGACAGCCUACUUGCUUCAAUCACAAAUGCGAUGAGCGAUCUUGAAGUCGAGGUUCUACAAAAUGUUUGGAACAUGACUCUUGGUUGGGGAAAUUUGCCUACGCAGUUAACGACUGAAGCAAAUCAUGAUGGGAUCCUACGCGCAGGUCUUGGAAGAUUCAAUGGAUUCAUUGUAGCUGCAGCUCCAACUUCAGCUUCAGCUCCUGAAGUUUAAUUUGAUGCAUCAAUAAAUUUUCUCAUAUUCUACAAGGGCACAAAUUGCAAUUACCUUGUCAUUGUACUAAUCCUACUGGUACCACAAUAAUUUCUUUCUUUGGGGUUUGUUUGUGUGGGAUAAAGAUGUCUUAGGACGGAUUUAUUAUCUUAUACAAAUAUUUCUUGUAUACUACUACCUUUUUUCUCUCUCUUGGAGCAGCAUGGCGGGGUCAUUAUGGCAUGGCACCAAAGCAUAACGAAUGGGUUCUUAAUAUUAUCUUCAAUCCGCAUUUCAGGUUGCAUAUUAGGGUAAACAAUUGGUCUCACGGCUUAUUAUAAUAUGGAUUGGACGGGAGUUUCAUAUGGAAAAUCAUUGGGGAGGGAGUUCAGCGAAGACAUCGGAUGAUUCAAGAUCACAAAUAAUUGUGUUCAACAACAUUGAUUGGAUCAGAUGCACCUUCUGUAUCACAGAUUUGCUGAUAUCUAUCAAUCAUUGGAUUGUUGACAUGAAAUAUUUUAUGGCGCUUUGGGAACUGAUAUGAGUGAUGACGACGAAGAUAGUCAGGCAAUUCUUGUUACUCUGUAGGAUUAGUGUAUAGUAAUAGUACAUAAUGAGAAUUUAUUCA